CACAUUGUUCGUCGCCUAGCUGACUUCCGUUUUUGGGGCAGUCGAGAUCUAGAUCUGCCCUUUCUAACACUCCUCCCACUGUAAUUAGUCUUUUCAAUUCUGUUGACACCACUGCUGUCUCACGGCAGCGUCACCAACAAAUAAAAAAAACACCACUGCCAAAAAAGUCACCCCUAGACGCCAUGGCAGCAGUCAAGGAUAAUCGCACCUCUACCGACGACGCCGCGGUUAGGGCGGAACUAAAGCUCCUAUGGAACCAGGAUACCGUUCGAGAUGUCGCGGAGUCCGUCGGCAUUCAAAAGAUGGACGACGAAGUUCUUCGCAAAGUCGCCCAGGAGUCCGAGCACCGCCUUGGACAGAUUAUCGUUGGCGCCCUUCGAUUCAUGCGUGCUGCCGGUCGCACCUCUCUUAUGGUUCAGGAUAUUCAACAAGCAAUGCGAGUCCUGAAUGUGGAGCCGAUGUUUGGUUACGUGUCGGAUCGACCUCUUAGAUAUGGUGAGGCUAGUCUUGGAUCGCAGGCCCUCUACUAUGUUGAAGACGAGGAAAUGGAUUUCGAUAAGAUGAUAAAUCUCCCUCUACCGAAGAUCCCGCGGGAUAUGUACUGGUCGCGUCACUGGCUUGCUUUAGAUGGCGUUCUUACUUAUUGCCCUGAGAAUGUCACCCCAGCGGAAGGACGAGUACAUGAUUCCGUAGCGAGGGGCCCCGGUGCGAACCCUGCACUCGCCGCUCUUUCUGGACAAGACAACCCCGCCUUUAAACCCGCUGUUAAGCAUAUUAUCUCAAAAGAAUUGGCCCUGUAUUUCGAAAAGGUCCAGGCUGCGGUAAUGGACGAGAACGGGGACGUCGAGGUCCAACGACUACGCGAGGCUGCUCUAGAAUCUGUCCGAACCGAGCCAAGCAUCCACCAACUUGCACCUUACUUUGUCAACUUUAUCGCCGACGAAGUCACACACCAUCUCGACAACACAUUCAUCCUUCGACGGGCGCUGGAGCUUACGGAGGCGCUGGUCAGCAAUUCCUACGUUUUCCUGGGGUCCUACGCAAGUUCUUUGGCGGCUCCCGUCCUAACCUGUUUGCUUGGUCGCAAGAUUGGUGGGGAGGAUGGAAUUCUGGCGUUGGAGGAGCAGUACCAACUUAGAGAGUUCGCUGCUUCUCUCCUUGGGUUACUCGCACGAAAGUUUUCCGCCCACAACCGAUUGUUCCGCCCGAAACUAGUCCGCACUUGCCUGAAGGAUAUGCUCAACCCCUCAAACCCACCUUCGGUAUGGUACGGAGCAAUCAGUGGCAUCACCAAGGCCGGCAACCCCGACGUCAUCAAAGUUCUCUUCAUGCGUAACCUCAAGGAGUUCGAAAAGGGAAUGCUCGGUCCGAUGUCCCAAAAAGUCGAUGCUACUAGCAGGGCGGAAUACGGACUUGUGGUGGGCGCUAUUAUGGGUGCCUUGACGAGCUUAGUGGAGGAUACCGGUGCUGACUCGGAUGAGAUGGAUGGGGUUUCCAGCGAGGGCCAGAUCAACGAGAUAAAGGCGUUCGUCGGGAAUAUCAUCGGCGAACGGGUCGCUAAUCUAGGUCGGCCUAAGUUGAACGAGGCCAUCUUAGACGGUAAAAACUACGUCUAGAUGUGCAGGAGUCAUAAAAAAGGAACGAAAAAUAAAAAACUGACGAAGUAGGGGAGGAUGAGUGGCACUAGGAUGGAAAUUCCGAACUACGGAAUCGCGGAGGACAGGUGUCUGGAUGAUACCCCUUUGAGAUUGCAUGGAUGGCGUUAGGGAUCGGUGUUUUGGAGCCUACGGGCAUGAUAACCUCGGAUUGGGGAACUCAGCAUAUCAAGCACUGACGGUAU